AUGCCUCACAAAGACGCCGACCACCCAGUGGUCAAGCGCCAGAAGACUGCGCCCCCUGUCAAUGCUUCAAAGCCUGCAUCAGACUCGUCGAGGAUUUUUGCGCCUUUCCGCACUGUCGGCUUAGUAUCACCUACGAGCGUCCCUUUCACUUCGAUUCCUCUCGGCAAGACUACCUUUCAGAUUUCGACCUCGGUUGGCCGAUCCAUCCAGACUUACGAUCUUCGUCGCGGGCUAAACCUCGUCUUCAUCACUCGGCCACAAACCCCCGCCGACAUCACCGCGACUCUCGCCUGGAAGGAAAAGAUUUUCGCAGCAUGGGGUGGAUCGAAGAAGGGUGAAUCUCAGGGCAUCUGGGUCUUCCAGAGAGGCAAGAAGGUCGAUGAGCUUGCGCUGCCCUCUGACCUCAACGAGCCUAUUCGGCAAAUCCUGGUUUUGGGUACAUGGACUAUCGUCGCUGGUCUGACGCGAAUCGAGGUGUUCAAGACGGCUACUUUGGAGCACUACACCACGAUUUACACCACACCCGCCAGCAACCGGGGUAACGAGAUCACUGGUGGCAUUAUCUCUAUGCCCACUUUCCUCAACAAGAUUUUCGUUGGUCGCAAAGAUGGCUGGGUCGAGAUCUGGAACGUCAGCACCGGCAAGCUCAUCUACACUAUCCUGCCUCCGUCCACCGAUUGCGGCUCUGUAACAUGCCUAGAGCCCAGUCCUGCUCUGUCCCUUCUGGCCAUUGCCUACUCCGAGGGAACCCUUAUCAUUAAGAACGUUCUGACUGAUAAGCUCACUCUUCGCAUCGAGGCUGGCAGCUCCGAAGCUCCUGUGAACUCGAUUUCUUUCCGAACAGAUGGCAUGGGUGCAGGUAACGAUGGGCGUAAGGAUGGUGUUAUGGCUACAUCAACUGCUGCCACUGGAGAUGUCACAUUCUGGGAUUUGAACGUUGGCGGCCGCGUUAUGGGUGUCUUGCGAAGCGCUCAUAACCCUCCCUCUUAUGAUGGACCGACUGUUCGUGGUGGUAUCAGCAAGAUCGAGUUUCUCCCCGGCCAACCAGUGGUGUUGACCAGCGGUCGUGAUAACUCCCUCAAGUCCUGGAUCUUUGACGAGACGCCCUUCUCUCCCGUUCCCCGAAUUCUCCACUCGCGCAGCGGCCAUGCUGGCCCUGUCAACUGUCUCCAGUUCCUUCCUACUGACUUCGAGGGUGCUGACGCCGGCAACAAGUGGCUUCUUAGCGGUGGCCAGGACCGAAGUCUCUGGGGAUGGAGUCUGCGCCGUGAUGGCCAGAGUUCUGAGCUGAGCCAAGGUAACAUCCGCAAGAAGGCCAAGAAGAUUGGUAUCUUGGCUACGAAUGCUCUUGCGCAUGGACCUACGACGACCCUAGAAGAUCUCAAAGCUCCUGAGAUUACCUGCAUGGCGUCAUCGCUGAACCGAGACGGUGGUAUGGGUGCCAUGCCUGGCAACCUCCCCAUAUGGCAAAAGUCCCAGAAGAAGAAGGCCCAUGAUGCUGAGGUCAGUGGAAUGACUGGCUGGGAGAGUGUCGUUACCGCUCACAAAAACGAUGCCUAUGCCAGGACAUGGUUCUGGGGCCGGAAAAGAGCAGGCAGAUGGGCAUUCCCUACUGGAGAUGAAAGCAACGUAUCAACCGUUGCCAUCAGCCCUUGCGGCACCUUUGCGCUUGUUGGUGCGGAAUCUGGUGGCAUCGAUAUGUACAACAUCCAGUCAGGAUCUCAUCGUCAACGAUUCCCUUCUAGACUAACCCCCGCCCAAGCUCGCCAGCUCAAGAUGCAGCAGCUACGACAGGCGGACGAUGUUGUGCAAAUGCAUGCUGAGUCAACUCGUCAGUUCUCAGCCGGUACUGGAAAGCAUACCAAGCCUGUUACUGGCCUAAUUGUUGAUUCCAUGAAUAAGACCGUGGUAUCCUGUUCUCUGGACGGAAAGAUCAAAUUCUGGGACUUCUUGACAGGAAACUUGAUGGAGCAAAUUGACUGGGCACCCAUGACCUUCCCAACAGGUUGCAGAUACCACCCCGCAAGCAACCUUCUUGCCUUCUCGUGCGACGACUUAUCAAUUCGAGUGGUGGAUAUGGAGACCAAGAGGACAAUUCGAGAGUUCUGGGGGCCUCAAGGCGCCAUCAACGAUUUCUGCUUCUCCAGUGAUGGGCGAUGGAUCAUCGCCGCCUCUCAGGAUUGUGUGAUUCGCGUAUGGGAUCUUCCUACAAGUCACUUGAUCGAUGCUAUCCGUCUCGAGAAGCCUUGCAAGGCGCUGGCAAUGUCUGUUACUGGCGAGUAUUUGGCUGCGACGAUUGAAAACGAGUUGGGUGUGACACUCUGGACCAACAAGGCUUUGUUCAAGCAUGUUCCUACACGCCAGAUCUCUGAGAAGGAGAUUGGCCAUGUCUCUGCCCCCACUGUCUCUGGCGAAAAUAGCCAUGGUAUGCUGGAGGGUGCAUUCGAGGAGGAACAGGCCGAGGAUGAGGAUACUGUGGUGGCACCCACGAUCGAGCAGCUCAGCGCCGAGCUCACAACCCUGUCUUUGGUUCCCAAGAGCCGCUGGCAGACUCUGCUACACUUGGAUCUUAUCAAGGAGCGAAACAAGCCCAAGGAGGCACCUAAACUUCCUGAGAAGGCGCCUUUCUUCCUGCCCUCGACGACAGGCAGAGAGAACCCCAUGGCUUCGAAGCAGCAGACCGAAGCAGAAGCAGAUAGCACUUCGCGAGUCACGAGAGUUGAGAGAGCUCGCUUUGAGGAGGUCCUCAGCUCUAAGCUUCGUGCCGGAGCAGAGACCGGAACUUAUGAUGAAUUCAUUGAGCACCUCAAGACUCUACCCCCCUCAAGCGCAGAUCUUGAAUUGCGUUCGCUCUCUAUUGGAGAAGGCGACGAGAAUUCCAACGAGUUACUACAUUUUAUCCGCGCCUUGACUGCGCGUCUCAAAACUCGUAGGGAUUAUGAGUUGACUCAGGCUUGGAUGACUGUGUUCCUCCGCCUGCACUUUGAUCUGGUGAUGGCAAACAAGGAUUUGCUGGAGGCGUUGGGCGAUUGGAAGACUUAUCAAGAGAAGGAGUGCAGCCGAUUGGAUGGACUGGUUGGUUACUGCAGUGGUGUGGUUAGCUUCCUGAGGAGUCCAAGGACAUAA